AUAAGUCCAAGAAAACGGAUGUAAACGUUUUGACGUGUCGAUGAUGCGCUGUUAAGGACUUUAUUCAAGUCUAAAUGUUUAUUAUUGAAUUUUGUCAUCUUUAUUGUGGCAUGUAAAAUAAUGAAGUUUAAUUUGGUUGUGUUUAGCUAAUCAAAAUUGCGGUGCUUCUGCAGAACAUUACAGGGGUUUCUGUCCUCAAAGUAAUAAUAAUGGAGGACUGCGGUGCUCUUUUAGCCACGGAGAGGUACGGCAGUGGCGAGUCGUGGCAAUAUGUUGCAAAGGAUGGAGUCAUGCAGAGGAGGAGGCAUGGCAGUCAUGGUGAAUCGAAUAUGAACUCCAUAACUGGGUUUUUUAAAAACGUAUUUCUUCCUCAAGGAUAUCCGGAAAGUGUGAGUGAAGACUACUUGCAGUACCAGUUUUGGGAUACUAUACAGGCCUUCUCGAGUUCUCUGUCAGGAAUGCUGGCCACUCAGGCGUCACUCAGGGGUGUCGGCGUGGGAAACCAGGAAGCCACAGUGGCUGCGGCCACGGUCACCUGGAUCCUAAAAGAUGGAACCAGCAUGUUGGGAAGGAUCGUGUUCGCCUGGCUAAAGGGGAACAAGUUGGAUUCUGAGGCCAAAAAAUGGAGGCUUUUUGCAGAUAUUCUCAACGACAUCGCCAUGUUCAUGGAAAUACUGGCCCAGUUCUUUCCCGCUUGGUUCACGUUGAUUGUUUGCACUUCAGGAGUAUUCAAGUCUGUGGUGGGUGUGGCAGGCGGAGCCACCAGAGCUGCUCUGACCGUCCAUCAAGCUCGCCGAGACAACAUGGCUGACAUCUCCGCCAAAGAUGGCAGUCAGGAGACUUUGGUGAAUCUGGCGGGACUCCUGAUUAGUUUGAUCCUCAUUCCGCUCGUCACGGACAGUCCGGUAUUGACCCUCAGCCUGUUCUUCCUCUUCACCGCCCUUCACCUCUUCGCCAACUACAAGGCGGUGCGUUCGGUGGUCAUGGAAACACUGAACGAAGCGCGGCUCGCAAUCCUGCUGCGCCGCUUCCUCCAAGACGGACACAUCUUCACGCCGCGGGAAGCAAAUCGAAAGGAACCUGUAUUUUUGGAAUGUUGGAAAACGUUACCUAUCAAACUUGGCGUGAGGCUUCAGGAAGUUGUCCAAAGCCCAGAAGAGUUGCGUUCUGCUUUGAUGAGGAAGGCCCCCUUCGUACUGGGCGUCACAAACGGCUGCGUAUGCGUGUGUUUGACAACACACGCUCACACACGAGAUGAAAUCCGAGCGAUGUGCCAAGCUAUUUGGCUCCGCGACACGUUGAGUUCAUCCAAACAACAUCAUGGCUUCUGGCAAAUGGUGCAGAAGAGUCACAAGGUGAUGGAUGCCGAGUUUGACCGAUUUUACAAAGGUGUUCGAGCCGCCGGGUGGGAUGUGACGAAAACGCUCCUGGACUGGGACGAGUGGAGGGUCGAGUGGAAGUCAAAAGUCGGAUGAAAACACGCAGAGAUGUGACAACUUGUCAGACGAAUGAAGUAAAUCUCAGAUGAUUCAUUUCAAUGGUGA